AUGGGCAAGUUAAUGUCUCUGUUUUGUCUGGUGUAUUUCACAUUAUGUUCCACUCCAUUGUUUACUAGUUCGCUAACACUGGAAUCCGAUAUUCAAGUUCUUCGUGUGGUGAAGCGUAGCAUAGAUCCCAACGCCAUCCCCCCAAAUUCCUAUCUCAGUAGCUGGGACUUCAAACUCGAUCCAUGCGAAACUACAGGCGGACAGUUCCUCGGAAUCUUAUGCAGUUUCCCUCUAGACAAAUCCCCAAGCAGAAUAACUGCCAUUGAUCUUGAUGGUGCAGGCUAUCAGGGUUUCCUAACAUCAGCAGUUGGUAACCUAACCGAGCUCACCUUCAUCAACCUCAGAAAAAACAACUUUCGAGGACCAAUACCCAGGUCCAUUUCCAAUCUAAAGAAGCUCACUAGACUCUCACUGUCCAACAAUUUCUUCACCGGCACCAUUCCCUUGGGAUUGAACACACUCAAGAAGCUAGAGUCUCUAGACAUUUCGUUCAAUGAGCUCUCUGGAACAAUUCAUCCCAGCAUAGGUGGACUCCGAGGCUUGACAUUCUUAAGCUUGUCCAACAAUGGCUUCACUGGCAGAGUCCCAGACCUCUCGGGGUUAUGGCAGCUCAAGACCUUAGAUCUCAGCAGAAACCAGCUCCAUGGAAAUCUCCCAAAUUUUCCAGUAAGCUUGAGAACACUGAUUCUGAGCCAAAAUCUGUUUUUAGGCCAUCUUACACCUCUAAACAAACUCAGUAACCUCAGAGUGCUCGAUGUGAGCGGCAACAGACUUUCAGGUGCCAUCACUAGAGAAUUUUUUACUUUACCCAAGGUCACUCAACUCAAUCUCUCAUAUAACCACUUCACAAGAUUGGAGGUAGUGAGAUCUUUUGGACAAGAGGAGCUUCAGGUGCUCGAUGCAAAAGGAAAUCAACUGCGAGGCCAUUUGCCUGUGAAUUUGGUAACUCUGCAGAAUCUAACAACAAUCAACCUUUCCUACAACCAGUUUUUUGGUAAAAUACCCGACGCAUACGCAUCAAGAGUUGGAGACUGGAGUGAACUAUACUUGGAUCACAACUUUUUGCUAGGAAAGCUUCCAGCGCAAUUUGCCCAAGCAGCGCAGAGAAUCCGGGGCAGUCUUUCAUUCAACUGCCUGCGGUGUCCGGACAAUGUUCCAUUGUGCGAAGGCGGCCAAAGGAAAGUAGAAGAGUGUAUUGGACGGCCAACCACCAGUGGGUAA